AUGGCUACAAUUUCGACGGCUCUCCGACAUUUCAAAGAACCUACUAAAGAACAACUAACCCAGAUAUUCUUUUCUUUACCACCACUGGAUUCUGAGAAAGAUGGAGAGAAAAGCGGACAGGACUCAAAGAUGGAUAUAAAUGCUGUGCUUAGUCUUGGAGAGGCAGAGGAUUCCUAUGCUGGAAAGCUGCACAUCAUGCCACCGUAUCUGGCAUUCUCUUCCCUCGAUAAAAAGUCCGUACGAUUUACUAUACCCCUAUCAACAAUUCGGCGGGUGGAACGUCUCAAUGCGCGCGCCGGUGUUUACGCAUUGAGCUUGCUAACAUGGCAUGGAAUGAAGAUCAUCGUUCAAUUGACGUCCCUGCGCCCAACAGCAGACUUGUUCUGUUCUCUACUCCGAGAUGCCCUGAAAGUCGAGCUACAACGAGGGCAAAUGAAGCUUGUCAAAACCUUUGUCAAGACAUGUUACUCUGAAGUUCUUAUAUCAGAUAACUCAAACGCCGCCGACAACGAACGAGAGGAUGGCAGCUUGAUCGCAGAUUCUGCAGAUGGCAGUAACCCGGAUGUUAGUUAUCAUGGAGGACUCGGGUUGAAAUUUAAAUUUCCUGGAGACCCAAAAAAGCUACGAGAAGCCUCGAAAAUCAAGCUAUGGACCACCUACCUGCGGAACCAUGGACGCAACCUAACUCUUCUCCGAUACCCUCAAUGCACGCGGCUUGUACAAGUCGGUCUGCCGAAUCGUCUGCGUGGUGAAAUGUGGGAAACGCUGUCAGGCUCAAUUUUUCUGCGGUUCUCAAAUCCUGGGUAUUAUGAACGUCUACUAGAAGAGAAUAAAGGCACAACGAAUACGAGCACGGACGAUAUUGAGAAAGAUCUACAUAGGAGUCUUCCUGAAUAUGCUGGUUAUCAGUCAGAAGAAGGAAUUAAUUCUCUGCGUCGUGUUCUACGGGCAUACUCGUAUAUGAAUCCCGAGCUAGGUUAUUGCCAGGCGAUGAACAUUCUUGCUGCAGCUAUUUUGAUUUAUAUGUCAGAAGAGCAGGCAUUUUGGUUGCUAGAAGUACUGUGCGGGAGAUUACUUCCUGGAUAUUAUGCCCCCUCAAUGCACGGGACACUACUCGACCAACGUGUUUUUGAAUCACUGGUUCAGAAGUAUCUUCCUAUUAUCCAUGAUCAUUUCACACUGGUCGACGUUCAGCUAUCAGUCGCAUCUCUACCCUGGUUCCUGAGCUUAUAUAUCAACAGCAUGCCCAUGGUGUUUGCCUUCCGCAUCGUCGACUGUUUCCUAUGUAUGGCUAUCCUAAAGAUAAAUGGAGAACAACUUUUGCAAAUUCAGGACGAUGGAGGUUUCUUAAACUUGAUGAGGGACUACUUCGCAUCCUUGGGCGAUUCGGCACACCCCAAUUCUACGGACCCUCGUGCACGCGCAAUCACGGUUUUCCAAGAGCUUCUUCUCGUGUCAUUCAGAGAAUUCUCUGUCAUUACAGAAGAUAUUAUCCUGUCCGAGCGGAGACGGUUUAGAGGCGAGAUCAUCCACAGCAUUGAGGCGUUUUCAAAGCGCGGGGCCAUCCGUAAUCUUCGUAGCCUUGGAAGGUUCAACAAAGAACAAGCUGGCUUGAUAUAUGAUGCGCUGUAUAAAGCUAUGUGUAUCAUUCCACCUCCACCUGCUGCCGCCCCGCCUCCUACAUUGUUCACUACUGCCACUGGAGAGGGUCAUGAAGACAAACCUGAAACGAGAAUCGGUCUGCGAACUUUCAGACAAUUCCUCAGCGAGAUAGCGUCUUGGGCCCGAGAUGAGAAGAUUGUUAUGAAUGGCUUCCAACAACGUAUCGACCGUGAGGUUGCGGAACACGAGUUCAUCGAUAGACUGUUUUACUUCUGGGAUGUUGGAUGUCAUGGAGCGCUAUCUUUCCAGGACCUUGUAUCUGGAUUAGACGGGGUUAUGUUCAACGACUUGAUGGAUAAUAUCGAAUGGUUCUUUAAUCUGCACGACAAGAACAAAGAUGGUUAUCUGACCAAGGAUGAAGUGUUGACGCUAUCAGAAUCCUUUUUGUUCAUUUUCCGAUAUGAAGUUGGAGAUGCAUACCUAGGAGCCGUAAGUCGAUUUAUGACGAACGCAUUUGAAUACGGGGACGCCCUGCUCCCUCGUCCCCAAUCGUCAAACGCUGAAGGCGAAAGCGGUGAUGCCGAACCUUCUUCACCACCCCCAAUAGCCUCCAAUCAACCAUAUCUGAAUUUAGCCACGUUCCGUAUGGUUGUGCUUGCUGACGAAGUGCUGGAGUCAUUUUUCGAGACAGAUCUUUCAGAAUCCUUCAAACUUCACCCUCUGCCGGAGAUGGAACUCCCCACAACUCAGAGCGGAUUGCUGGGCGAUCUGUGGUCAUCUAUCGCCACCGACACUAAUAGAAAAAUGUUCAACAUGUUCACUGAUGAAAUUGGAAAGACAAUUGGCAAACACCAGGUCGUAAAUAAGCCUUCGAUCGGACGAUAUACCCAAUUGGAGGAGCCGAAAGCCCGCGAGUCGCUACUUACACCGAUGUUGCGCAAGUCGUUAUCGAAAGCCAGUAUGUCAGGUACGACACUCGCGUCGACAAAUUCAGAAAAACAGGCAUCUUCGUCGACGUUGUCUGUCAAUACCACUUUGGAACCGGCCCAGUCCAAGUCGCUGCCUAGUGUCCCUGAUAGUGGGAGCCUUUCUGCAAUGCCCAUGCUGCAAGCAGUCAACGCAGCGGCACUCAUGGAACGUACCCAUUUCGCCAUCGAUGAUGCCAAGGACGAUGAUGAAGAUGAGGAUGAUGAAGAUGAUCUAGAGGGUCACGACCACGAUGACCAGGUUAUGGACGAGGUUGAUGCGUUUUUGGAGGCGCACGACUCGGGCUUGACUGAUGCUGACAAAGCGGUGGCGAAUGACCUUUUGCACGCCGAACCUCUGAAGUAG